AUGUCGGUUCUAUUUACUUCGAUUUCCCAAAGUAACCCAGUCAAAAAAGGCGAGGUCCAACAACUUCUCCAAAGCAUCGGCGUAUCCGUAGAACCAGACGAAGAAGAUGACUUCCAAACACUCCUAGCAGCACUUCAUGAUUGCGCUGAAACCGUCUCUCGUCUACCAGAUUACCAACCCGUGCCUGAUCUCAAUCGAUACCCCCGGCAGAAUAUACGACGCCCGACGCCCGACGAGCAAGUCUUGGGUCAGGCCUGGGCCCAUCGGUUUCUGAUCCAGGGUAAUCCAGAUGGAGGCAUCUUGGCCGGCAAGACUAUCAGUCUGAAGGACUGCAUAGCAGUUGCAGGCGUGCCUCAGCUUCUAGGAAGCGACGUGAUUCCGUCAUGGACGCCCGUGUCGGACGCAACCGUCGUGACUCGAGUGUUGGAUGCCGGGGCCGAUAUUUUGGGGACCUCCACUUGUGAGAACUUUUGCCAUUCCACGUCUUCGUUCACCAGUGCUCAGGGGACGGUGGAAAAUCCCUUUGCUUCGGGAUAUUCGGCGGGAGGGAGCACUUCGGGUGGCGCAGCUUUGGUGGGUGCUGGCUUGGUGGAUAUCACUAUUGGAGGGGAUCAAGGAGGGAGUGUUCGAGUACCUGCAUCGUUCUGUGGCUGCGUCGGUUUCAAACCCACUUAUGGAUUGGUCCCCUACAGCGGAAUCACCAGUGGAGAUGCCGUCAAUGAUCACACCGGACCUCUGGCCAGGAAUGUGCUGGAUGUGGCCUUGUGUCUGGACUCGAUCAGUGGCUACGAUGGGAUGGAUGACCGGUCGUUGGGAAGUCCUCCGCAUGGGUCGACCACAUACGCGCAGGCUCUACAAACAGGACCUACCAGGCUAGAGGGGUUCAAGAUUGGGAUUCUCGCCGAAGGAUUCGAGCAGGAGAUAGUCGAUCCAGUCGUCAAGAGUACCGUCUGGGCCGCCGCUUGCAAAUUCACCGACCUUGGAGCCACAGUUGACGAAGUAUCUCUCCCCGAGCAUCUCCAUGGGCCGGCCAUCUGGACCAUUCAGCAGCGCAUCGCCGGGUCUCAGAAUCUUCUGGGACAUGCUCACGGCCGACGAGGUCUCUCCAUGACCGAAAUGGAUCGGGCUCGACUUCCCUGGACAAACGAGAGCUUCCAACGGGCGUUCCCUUCCACUAAGAACGUGCUCAUCAACGGGAUGUAUCUCACCGCGCGGUUCCCCGAUCUCUACAGCAAGACUAACAAUUGGGGUCGGAAACUUCGUGACCGAUACAAUGAGCUGUUUACCAAAUACGACCUCGUCGUGAUGCCCACCACACCGGUAGUUGCCCCCCGGCACGGGAAAUGGGGUCUUCCCAUCGACUCGAUCCGGCCCAGUAUGGGACUCACUAUCAAUACGGCCAUUUUCAAUGUCACGGGCCAUCCGGCAAUGUCCCUCCCCGUCGGGUUUGCUCCGUCCCCGGAUGAUCCGCAGAUUCGACUACCGGUUGGUAUGCAGAUUGUGGGGGGGUGGUGGAAGGAGUCGGAGGUUCUCAGGGCGGGACAUGUAUGGGAGACCCAUUUCAACUGGAAGGAUACGGAUCUGUAG